CUGGGCUUUGGGGCGAUGAGGGAUGCGCAUGCGAGAGCGCUAAGGCCAAGGGAGCGGCCAAGCGAGCGGCCAAGCGUGCCUCUCUGCCACCCACCUGGGACGCACGAGUGUCUGGGCUGUCAGGUGCUUCCCCAGUCCCCAGGAUGGGGCUUGCCUGGGAGCUGUAGCUUUAAGAAGCCGUUUGUCUUCUGUCAGCGCUUCCAUGCUGCUUUCAUCCAGCUUUUUCCGAGGUCCAGAAUGGAACAUUCCUAUUCACUCCUGCUGCUCAGUGUUAAUUUUCUCUUUGCACAAGCUUUACCACCCAAUGGAACUGAAUUGCCCAAACCAACAACAACAACAAACUCUACAGAGGAGAACAAUUUACACAAGGACCUGCUGACUUCAAUGCUGAUUCUGCUCUUGGUCUUCAUCAUUUUCAUCCUAUUGGCUGGCUAUUUUUUCAGGUUCAGAAGACAUAGGAAAGCUGUUGUGAACUCUGGGGACAAGAAGAUGCCAAAUGGAAUCUUAGAAGAACAAGAACAGCAACGGGUCAUGCUGCUCAGCAGAUCUCCCUCAGGCCCCAAAAAAUAUUUCCCUAUUCCAGUGGAAAAUCUGGAAGAGGAAAUAAGGCUGCGAUCAGCGGACGAAGGGAAGCUCUUCAGGGAGGAGUUCAAUUCAUUAACACCUGGAUAUGUGCAGGGAACAUUUGAAAUGGCAAAUAAGGAAGAAAACAGGGAGAAAAACAGAUAUCCUAACAUCCUGCCAUAUGAUCAUUCCAGAGUGAUUUUGACCCAAAUUGAUGGAGUUCCAUCUUCAGACUACAUUAAUGCAUCCUACAUAGAUGGUUACAAAGAAAAGAACAAAUUCAUAGCAGCACAAGGCCCAAAGCAAGAAACAGUUAAUGACUUCUGGAGGAUGAUAUGGGAGCAGAAGUCAGCCAUUAUCGUCAUGUUAACCAACCUGAAAGAACGAAAAGAGGAAAAGUGUUACCAGUAUUGGCCCGACCAAGGGUGCUGGACGUAUGGGAAUGUCCGCGUGUCAGUAGAAGAUUGCAUUGUUCUGGUGGACUACACCAUCCGCAAGUUCUGCGUUCAGUCGCUUCAUGAUGGAUGCAAAGCUCCACGGCUGGUAACACAGCUCCACUUCACCAGCUGGCCUGAUUUUGGGGUGCCUUUCACACCUAUUGGGAUGCUGAAAUUCCUGAAGAAAGUCAAAACACUGAACCCUGUCCAUGCUGGACCAAUUGUGGUUCACUGUAGCGCUGGUGUGGGUCGCACAGGCACGUUUAUUGUUAUAGAUGCCAUCAUAGACAUGAUGCAUGAGGAACAGAAAGUUGAUGUCUUUGAGUUUGUCUCAAGAAUCCGUAACCAGCGUCCACAGAUGGUUCAGACUGACAUGCAAUACUCCUUCAUUUAUCAAGCCUUACUUGAAUACUACCUCUAUGGCGACACAGAGCUUGAUGUGUCAUCCUUAGAAAAACAUCUACAGACAUCACACAAUGCGGCACCAAACCUUGUCAAAAUAGGGCUAGAAGAAGAAUUUAAGAAGUUAACAAAUGUUCGAAUAAUGAAGGAGAACAUGAGAACUGGCAACCUUCCAGCAAACAUGAAGAAAGCUCGAGUCAUCCAGAUCAUCCCCUAUGAUUUUAACAGAGUGAUUCUGUCGAUGAAAAGAGGGCAGGAGUAUACAGACUACAUCAAUGCCUCCUUCAUAGAUGGCUAUCGCCAGAAGGACUACUUCAUUGCCACCCAGGGUCCACUCCCACACACGGUGGAGGAUUUCUGGCGGAUGGUGUGGGAGUGGAAGUGCCACACCAUCGUUAUGCUCACAGAAGUUCAGGAGAGGGAGCAGGAGAAAUGCUGCCAGUAUUGGCCAUCAGAGGGCUCUGUGACUCAUGGAGAGAUAACGGUGGAAAUCAAGAGUGACAGCCUGUUAGAGGCCAUAAGUGUCAGGGACUUCCUCGUUACAUACAAUCAGGGUAACCAGGAGAAGCAAAGCAGGCUUGUUCGGCAGUUCCAUUUCCAUGGGUGGCCAGAAAUUGGGAUUCCCGCAGAAGGAAAGGGUAUGAUUGAUCUGAUUGCAGCUGUCCAGAAGCAGCAGCAGCAAACAGGCAACCACCCAAUUACAGUGCACUGCAGUGCUGGCGCUGGAAGAACAGGGACCUUCAUAGCACUCAGCAACAUUCUGGAGCGGGUGAAGGCUGAAGGGCUCUUAGAUGUAUUUCAAGCUGUGAAGAGCUUAAGACUGCAAAGGCCACAUAUGGUGCAAACACUGGAACAGUAUGAAUUCUGCUACAGAGUGGUACAAGAUUUCAUCGACAUAUUUUCAGAUUAUGCUAAUUUCAAAUGAAACUCCCCCUGCCUUAUUUUUUUAAGUUGUCUGUAUAAAGAGUUGUAUAUUCUGUUAAUUUAUUCCAUGGCAGUUUGAUUGUCGACUUUUUUCCUGUAAAUAGGACCUUGUGUUUGCUCUGAAGAGUUGCAUUUUGCUGUAAAAAGUUAUUUCUUUAAAUAUAAAUAUCUUCUAAAGUAUAAUGUUCAUAGAGAGUAUAUCACUAUGAGAUGGUUUAGGGAUCUUUAUUCUGAAGAACAGUACAUUUAAUUCUGGAGGGUUUACUUCUUUGCAGUUUUCUCCUUAUAAAUAUUUAUCAAUAAUAUGAUCACCUGGUUCUUGCAACUUUACACAGGUGAUUUACACCUCAUACUAAAGAAACUGUGGUACAUAAGUUUAAAUUAAAGAUGCUUUGGCCAUAAACUUUUCUUCAGUAUGAAAACAGAUGUUUAUUUGGGGGCAUAUUCUGACAACCUGCUCAUGCUUGCAAUCUAUUUCACAGAUGGUCUUGUUGAAGGCAAAGAGCUUGAGUGACAUGUUGAUAAUGAGAAAGAGUGUCAGAAUAUGGCCCUUCCUGUGCAAUAAUGUACAGUCCAACUCAGAAAUACAACUGCUUUUAAAAUCAUUUUUUUGCUGGCAGUUCUGAGUCUUGCUGUCAAUAAGACAUAAUGAGUAUAAAUACAGAUGGGAACGUCUGAUUUAAUAUAGCUUUCAAAGCCCAUUUAUCUUGCCCUUUCUGAAGUACUGCACCAGCUUAAAGCAGUGUAAGAAAGACAAGAAGGGGAGCUGGGGGGUAGGGGUGGUGUUACAGCUAUUUUGAGAGUAUUUUGCAUAUCAGAAGAGUAUAUUUUGCAGCACCUCAUCUACUUUGAAGAGGCUUUAUAGGCGUUGUCAGAAAUGGGUUUAAAGCUUCUUUAUAUUCAAGUCUAUAAUUUCCCACUUCUUUGAGAUGAGAGAGAUGAACUUUAGGCUUUGAUUUGACUUGACAGAAUAAUCAAUAAUGACUAAAAUUUUGGAUAAGCAUUUUGCUAACAGUAUAACAUUAAGUGUUGUAGCAAAAACCUUCUCUGAGUUCUUAUCCUCCCAUAAAUACUACCCAAAAAAGGAAGGUUUCCUUUAUCUAAAAGAGGUGUAUGAUGGUGUAUAUAUAGAUAUAUUUUUAAUGAAAACUCUGCUGAUAAUAUAAUUGGUGAAAUAAAGUUGAAGAGUCUUUAUCACAGCCCUGACCAGGAUGUGCUUGGUGCUUAGAACAUCCAAACAUCACGGAACAGCUGAACGUUGAGUAAUUCAGUGUAUCUUUCCCAUUCUUUAAAACACAAAGAAGACUUAAUGAGCACAAAGUUCACCACUCUUGUCCUUUGAUUACCUGACUAAUAUGCAAUAGCUCCGUCUUGGCCAACUGGUUGGGUUUUUUUAUUAUUUAAAUACAGACAUAAAAGCCUUGUUUAAAAUAGGCAACUUCCACUGAUCAUUUUUCACUGUUGUUCUUGCACUAUUUUGUCCCAUGCUCAUUCUUCAUCCUGGUAACUAAACAGCAUUUUGCUCUGGAACAACAGAAGGGACGGGGAAGGUGUGUGUUCCUCUCCUUUUACUGCCUGCUCAGUGGAAAAGGUGGCUUCUGGGUAUUUCUCCAGCACUCUGCUCUGGGCACUGCCAUCAACUGCUUCUUGUCUUCCCAUCAAUGCACUUUUUGUAUGUACUGGUACAGCAAAUGAUGCACUUCAGAAGGAUUGUUUAAAGACUAAGGCUUUGUUGCGAGCUGCUCGGAGAAGACGUGCUCAAGGCGUUGAGUAACAGGAAGGAAUGCUGAGUAAGUUUACAUGACUACUGCAUGCUGAAAUUUCAUCAAGCCUUCAAAAGCCAUCAAAUAAAUUCCAUAUGGAAACCAAAUCAGUGAGGUUUUCAGUAUGAUCAUUUGUAGCACAGGGAGGCUAAACAAUGAGGGAAAAGGAUGCAAAGAAAUUUCCAAAGCAGCACGUUUUAUGGUCCCAUCAGAUCUCAAUGUUGGGAUCCUUAGCCUACAGUGGAAAAAUAUUUUGUCUGUUGAAUUCCUUAUAUAAAAUAAUGGAUUAAUAAUUGCCUAAUGAAGAAAACCUCCUCAGCACAAUGUUAGUGGGGACCCACAUCCCCCCCAGCAGCAGUAAGAGCUGCAGCACAAUUCCAGCUGCCCAUGACGUUUACUACUAAGGAUCAGAAAGUUCUGGAGGGCAUGGGCAGCUCUCUGUAGUUACAGUAAGCAGUAGGAAGAUGGAUUUUCAAAUGCUACAUGGGCACUCGGUAGUUGCUAACUAUAUUGAGGUAUUUAGGAGGAACCAGAAAUACCCAUAUUUCAGAAGUCACAAAUAAUAGCAGAAUGGCUUAGUUUUUAAUCAUUUGAAGAGCUUGCUUUCCAGUUCUUGUGUUUAGUUGACAGACUGCUUGUUGCAGUAGCCUCCUACCUGGGGAGCUGUAUCUUGGUACAGAUUAUCUAUGAAUUUUCUUUAAGGUUUUCCUUGGUUGCAUGGAAUUACUUUCAGAUGCCAAAUAGUAGAUCAGAAGUUGGAUGUUCUGAUCUGUCUGUAGUUUUGGUCACUAUGUGACUCGACUGUGUUCACCUGCUGGGAUCGGUUCCAGUGCACCUCAGCAUUUAAGCAUUCGCUUUUGUCCCACAAAGCACCGAAGUUCCAUAGGUCCUGUGUCCAAAAGCCACCCCUUUAAGUGCUUUGCUGAAUUAGGCCUUAAUGUAAAAUGCAAACUAUAAUUACUGUGGUUUUUAAGGUCUUUUACAUAUCAAUUUUCUAAACUUUUAAAAGAAGCCUGACCGUCUGCACUCGAGCCUUUGGAAAUGUUUUCCUUUUCCCUAAGCACCUUUUUUUUUUUAAUGUAAAGCUCUGGAAACUUUCCCAUCUAGCCAAACUGUAUUUAAUUUGUCAAAUCUUUCAAAUACAUGUCUGUAUUGUACAGCCUCAGUGAUGCUUAUUUUCUUUUCUUGCAUUUAUAAUUUGAUCUCGCUGCGUUUCUAAUGCCGGUGAAUGCUGCUGAAUUCUUUGUAUAUGCAAAUUGCAAGAUAUAAUACAUCCUGAUGCAAGAACAAAGCCUCCUUUUUAGUCUCAAA